AACUGUUUUGAUCUUGUCUUAAUCACAUUGUACAAUAUAAUUAAAAUUAUUAUAAACAUAAAUACAGUUAACUUAUAUUUAUAACAAUUAUAAAAUAGAUUCAGUUGAAUAAAGUUGACGUUUGAUUAACAGUCUAUACAAAAAAAUGGAGAAUAAGGAAAACAAGAGUAAAAAAGACAAACACGAUGAAAACGAAGAAUAUCGUAGAGAAAAGAGGUCAAAAAGAGCUCGUACACGAUCACGAUCUCGCAGUCGUGAUCGUGAAGUUAAAAAGGAUCGCGAUAGGGACUCGAGACGUAAACGGAGGCAUUCGCGAAGCCCCGAUGCUUCCGAUAAACGUAGAAAUGAAGCAUCGAAAGUUGAUGAAAAGAAGCCACCACCGGAAAAGAAAGCAAAGGAUACUGAUAUGUUAAACACAAGAACCGGCGGCGCUUAUAUUCCGCCGGCUCGUCUUCGAAUGAUGCAAGCUCAAAUAACUGACAAAUCUUCUAUGGCGUAUCAGAGGUUAGCUUGGGAGGCACUUAAAAAGUCAAUACACGGCCACAUCAACAAAAUCAACGUUGGCAAUAUCGGGAUAAUUAUAAAAGAGUUGCUGAAGGAAAAUAUUGUCCGUGGACGUGGUUUAUUGUGUCGAUCUGUCAUCCAGGCGCAGGCCGCUUCCCCGACAUUCACAAAUGUUUACGCUGCCUUGGUCGCGGCGGUGAACUCUCGGUUUCCUAACAUUGGCGAGCUACUACUAAAAAGGUUGGUUAUACAGUUCAAAAGAGGUUUUAAGAGAAAUGAUAAGGCUAUAUGUAUAUCAUCUGCAUCUUUCAUUGCUCAUCUUGUUAACCAAAGGGUUGCUCAUGAGAUCCUUGCAUUAGAGUUGUUAACAUUACUUGUUGAGACUCCAACUGAUGACUCUGUUGAAGUAGCUAUAGCAUUCCUUAAGGAAUGUGGACAAAAACUAACCGAGGUAUCUUCAAAAGGAGUUAAUGCUAUAUUUGAGAUGUUGAGGAAUAUUCUGCAUGAGGGGCAACUGGAUAAGAGAGUGCAGUACAUGAUUGAAGUGAUGUUUCAAGUUUGGAAAGAUGGUUUCAAAGAUCAUCCCGCAUUGAUUGAAGAGUUGGAGCUGGUGCCUGAAGAGGAGCAGUUCACACAUUUGUUGAUGUUAGAUGAUGCCACUGAUCCACAGGAUAUCCUGAAUGUAUUCAAGUUAGAUGAAAAAUAUGAGGAAAAUGAACAGAAGUACAAAACUUUGAGCAAAGAUAUCCUAGGCUCUGAUGCUGAGUCUGGGGAGGAGGAUGGCUCUGGUGAGUCAGGCAGCGAUGAGUCUGGUGAAGAUGAAGAAGACGAAAAGAAGGAAAUGAUGAUAAUAGAUAAUACUGAAACCAAUCUUGUGGCCCUACGUCGCACUAUCUAUCUGACUAUAAACUCCAGUUUAGACUUUGAGGAAUGCGCUCACAAGUUGAUGAAAAUGCAGCUUAAGCCUGGACAAGAGGUUGAACUGUGUCACAUGUUCCUUGACUGUUGUGCAGAGCAGAGAACAUACGAGAAGUUUUACGGUUUAUUAGCACAAAGAUUUUGUAACAUUAACAGGAUGUACAUCGGUCCAUUUGAGGAAAUCUUCAAAGAUUCAUAUUCUACUGCACAUAGAUUGGACACAAAUCGUCUGAGAAAUGUAAGCAAGUUCUUUGCGCAUCUGUUGUUUACGGAUUCAAUCAGCUGGGAGGUGAUGGAAUGCGUUCGUCUGAAUGAAGAGGAUACAACAAGUUCCAGUCGUAUUUACAUCAAGAUAUUGUUCCAAGAGCUGGCAGAGUACAUGGGAUUGAAGAAAUUGAAUGAACGCCUCAAAGACCCGACAUUACAAGAGGCCUUCAGUGGACUCUUCCCGCGUGACAACCCGAAGAAUACGCGCUUCUCUAUAAAUUUUUUCACUUCUAUAGGUCUAGGAGGGCUCACGGAUGAACUUCGGGAACAUUUGAAACAAAUGCCUAAGAAUGUUCCCGCUCCAAUAACAAAUAUCACGGUAGAUUCCAGUUCCAGUAGUUCCAGUUCUAGUUCCAGCAGUUCUGAUUCUUCAUCUAGUGACUCCAGCUCUAGUGAUUCAUCUGAAGAAGAUACGACUAAUAAGAAAAAGAAGACUGAAGCUGACAAAAAGAAGAAAUCUAAAGGAAAGAAAAAACAAUCAUCUCAACCUAAUGAAGAGGAACCAAAGGAAAAAGAUAAAGAAGAAGCGCCUGAGAGGUGGGGCCACGAUGGUUUUUACGAUACUUAUGGACAAGAUGCUCGUAGAAUGAAUUCUAGGCCCGAAAGAUCGGAAAGAGACAUUUUUGCUAGACCAAAUGGAGGAUCGCGAAGAAAUGAUAACAGGGAUGACUUCAGAAAUGGAGAUACUGAUGGUGAUGACAGGCGGCGGAGCAGUAGAAGAGAAGAUGAUAAACAAGAUAACUACAGAAGAAAUAGAGACGAGAAUGAAAGAAGUAGAGACCGUGAAGAGAAUAGAAGAGAAAGAGAUCACGAAAGUGAUAGACGUAGAAAUCACAAGGAAAAUGAUAUCCGUAAUGGAGACCGAGAUAGUAGAAGUGAUAGAAGAUAUGAUAAUAAAGAAACCAGCAGAAGUGAUCGAGAAGAUAUAAGUUCUAAACGACAUCAUAAGGAUGAAGAACAUAGGAGAUAUCGCGAAAGCGAAACGGAUAAGAGAAUACAAAGAGACGAAGAUACUGACAGAAGAAAGCAGAGGCAAAGAGACGAGAUAGAAGCAGACAAAGACAAUAGAAAAGAAAGAGAUGGAGAAAAUACUGACAAAGAUAAAAGACGACAAAGGGAUAGAAAUGACGUGGAUGAAGCUCAAAGAAGAGAAAGGGACCGUGAUGAUUCAGACAGACAUAAAAGAAAACAAAGAGGUGAAGAAGAAAGCGAUCGCGAUAAAAGGAAACCGCGACAUGAGGAAGAAUCUGAGAGAAGUAGGACAAGACAAAAGAGAGAUGAAAACAAUUAUAAAGAUACAGAGAGAGAAAGAGAAGACCAACAUACUGACAGGGAUAAGAAAAGAGAAAAAAAUAAAGAAGACACGAACAGAGACAACCGAAAACAGCGAGACAAUGAAUAUACUGACAGAGAUAAUAGGAAACAAAGAGAUGAAGAUGAUACUGUUACCAAUAAGGAUUCAAGAAAGUUAAGCCGGAGUGAGAAAGAAAAAGAUUACGAUAAGAGCUACAAAAAAAAUGAGGAGAAUAUACAAUCGAAUAGAAUAGAAAAGAACGAGCAACGUUCUAAAGAAACAGUUGACACAUCCUGUGAUCGUUUAAAUAGAAAUAUUAAGUCCAAAGUUACCACAGUCAGUAAGGAAGAAUCAGAGAAAAACAAAACCAAUGAAGAACAUAAAAGCAGAGGUAAGAAUGAAAGAGAGAAAGAUAACAGAAAUGAAACGAAAACUAAGAGUAAAAAGAGAGACGUCAGCAGCAGCAGCAGCAGCAGUAGUAGCAGCAGUGACAGUAGCAGUAGCAGUAGCGAAGAAGAAGAACCCAAACGAACAAACAGAAACAAAAAGAAGAAUAACAAAGAAGGCAAGCAUAAAAAGGAUACCGGAAGUAAGAAAAGUAAAGACAGAAAAAAGAUUAAAGAUAGCAGUAGCAGUGACAGUAGUAGCGAAAGUGACGAUGAAAAAGAAAAAGAAAAAAAUAAACUGGGCGGCAGAUACUGGAAUACUUUUGACAUUGAAACCAAUGCCGCAGUUACAUCCAAAUAAAUCGAAGUAAAUAC